AUGAAAUAUGCUAAGGAAAAAGAACUUAACUGGAAACGUAUAAAGAAGCAAAUCAGUGAUGAAUAUGAAUUAGCUUCUGAUAUAGUUCUUGGAAUGCCAUGGGUCAUGAAAACAAGGUGUAGUUUUGAGUGGAAGGACAGAAAAUGUUGUUGUAUGAUCCAAUCUGAAUAUAAUAAGACGACAUUUGUAAUUUCUGAAGAACCAAUUAUUGAUGAAGAUAAAGAGAAAUGCAACGAUAGAAAAGAUGAUAGCGCUGCAAACAUAAGGUGUGUAGUGCAUGUGUUGGAAGAUAAAGAGGCUGAGUUUAAUGAAAGAAGGGGUGAAGCUGCAGAUAUUAAUAACCUCCUUGGUCAAACCAUCUAUGUUGGUUCUCAACCAACUCUGACGGUUCAAAACCAUCAAGUAAAUCUGAUUAUGGAUAUCCCACAGCCGAUGUGGCUUACCGAUUCUGUAAUACAAAGAAAUUAA